UGGUCGAUGGGUUUUGAAAAAUUAAAAACGGGCUGGACAAAAGAGAAGCGAAAUGUCGAGACAAGACACAGAAGAAACAAAUCAAGGCGAAGAGGAGCAGAGGCGGAUCGAGGAAUUUGUCGUGUUGUUCUUCAGAAGACUCUCUAAGGGCUUCCUCAGCGGGGUGGGCUUGUACAGCGGUGUGAAGGUCAUAUCGGCCCUGAUGAGAAACCCCUUCCGAGAGAAAUUACCGAGCGCCAUUAAGGAAAUCUUCUCUAUAGACUGCCUUCGUUUUGCCUCUUUUCUUGGACUAUAUCCUAGUAUAUAUGAACUACUCAGAGAAAUUUUUCAGCACUAUAGGAAAAAGAAGGAUGGUUGGAACAACAUGGCUGCCGGUGGAUUAGCUGGUCUUACUUUAUGUGUGGAGGACCCAACUCGCCGCCUAAUCUUCUGUCUGUUUGCGAUCUCCAGAGCGAUAGGCGCCUUAAUUUCCACCCUUGUAGCCAGGGAGAAGAUACCAGAAAUACCCUACUCGGAGACCAUGUCUUUCUGUUGUUGUUGUGCAUUCUUAGUUUAUUGCACUGCACUAAAUCCACAGCUUCUGAAUACUGGUUAUUAUUUUUCUGUGCUGAAAUGGUCCCGAGACUAUACAGACAAAAAACUCCGGGUUUUGUUCAGAGAACCUGGUGACAGAUUCUUGACUUGCCAGGAAGCUGGGUUACAUAAAGAUCACUGUUUCCGACACGCUGUCGUGGACUGGGUUAAGAGUUUCCCCGCCUUUGCCAAAUUAUACUUCCCCAUACACGUGGCACCAGUCAUAGUAUUCAGACGCAAACUACUUCUUGAAAGACCAUACAGAGUUAUUAAGUCCAUCUUGAAAAAUACUCUGUUUUCUACCGCUUUCCUGGCGACUAUGGUUAUGUUGGCCAAAUACGUAAUAUGUUUGCUGAGAAAUUUAUCACAUAAACCCCCUCCUCUGUCUACAUAUGUACCCGCUGUAGCUGGAUUUGUGUGUGGUUUUGGAGUUCUAUUCGAAAGGGCAUCUAGAAGGAAAGAAUUAUCACUGUUUUUAGUUCCGCACACACUUUAUGCCCUGUAUUUAUGGGCAAAGCAGAAGAACUUUCUAAGAGAUAUUCCUUUCAGUUCAACCGUUUUAUUCGCGGUGUCUAUGGUUUCUGUGAUGCACGCGUAUGAACGUGAACCGGAAUCCCUCUCUCUUCUCUUGAAUGGAGUGUUGAGAUAUUUUAUAGGUGAACGGACUAAUGUACGUGUUAGAAUCGGUAAACGGGUGAAAACUAUCAGUGAAAUGUUAGCCUAA